CUGAAGUCAGAUCUUGUUCAGCAGUUCUUCCAAUGGGUUAUUUAUUUUAAUCACCCGGCUCGGCUUCCUGUUCCCAAUCCUUUUGUAUUGCAGGUUUUCACGUGUAAGAGCGGCUGAAAUAUCUGGGACAGCCACGUGUACAAAAGAGUCAGGUUGUGGGGACACGAACACAUUCUCUCUCUCCCCCAGUUAAUUCCAGGAGGGGGGUGAAUCUCUCUGUGUCAAGGCUGAUAUGACAGGUACCUGAAAAUUGACGCAGUUUGUGACAGUGCAUGUUGAUUUCGGCCCUUGUUACUUCCUCGCUCACACCCACACACACACUGAGGAUGACCUCGGUCAAGUCGGUCCUGGGCGUCUUCGCCAGCCUUUACUUAGGCUCCUUGUGUGUCUUCUUGCUGGUCGCUGUUUACGCCCGGCCCGCCAACAACUCGGCCAUCAAGAAGGAAAAGUCGAGCAUCAGCAAGGACGAGAACGAGAUCCAGCCGCCGAACCACCUGAACGGCCUCAAACUGGAGAAAGGAGGUGUCUUGAACAAGGAUUUUCACCAGGAAGUCUUCCUUGGCAAAGAGAUGGAGGAGUUUGAGGAGGACUCGGAGCCCAUAAGAAACAGAAAGAAGCUGAUUGGCAUAUUUGAAAAGGUUGAUGUCAAUGUUGACAAGAAAAUUAGUGCAAGCGAGAUGCAAAGAUGGAUUAUGGAAAAGACCGAGGAGCAUUUCCAACAGGCCAAUGAGGAGAACAAACUACACUUCAAAGCCGUAGAUCCUGAUGGAAAUGGUCAAGUGUCCUGGGAUGAGUAUCGAAUCAAGUUUCUGGCAAGCAAGGGGUUUAAUGAGAAAGAGGUGGCAGAGAAAAUCAAAAAUAACGAGGAACUGAAGAUUGAUGAAGAAACUCAGGAAGUCCUGGAUAACCUGAAAGAUCGGUGGUUUCAGGCUGAUGAACCUCCAGCAGACCAUCUCCUGAAUGAAGAGGAAUUCUUGGCUUUUCUUCACCCAGAACACAGCCGUGGAAUGCUCAAAUUCAUGGUGAAGGAGAUUAUCCGUGAUUUAGAUCAAGAUGGAGACAAAAGGUUGACAGUAUCAGAGUUCAUUUCGUUGCCAGUCGGCACAGUGGAAAACCAAGAGGCUCAAGAUGUUGAUGAUGAUUGGGUCAAAGAAAGAAGAAAGGAGUUUGAGGAGGUUAUUGAUGCUGAUCGAAAUGGCAUCGUCACAAUGGAAGAGCUGGAGGAAUACAUGGAUCCCAUGAACGAAUACAGUGCCCUGAAUGAGGCUAAGCAGAUGAUAGCUGUUGCAGAUGAGAACCAGGACCACUAUCUUGAACUGGAAGAAAUCCUGAAAUACAGCGAGUACUUCACAGGAAGUAAACUGAUGAAUUAUGCUCAGAGCGUACAUGAAGAAUUCUGAAGAGUGAGGAGCCCCUAUCAAAAUCAUAUACUUGGAAUCUCUUAAGCUGUAUCAACCAGAAAUGUUGCUUAACAAAACAAAAUGCUAUUUGUAAUACUGCUGUUUGUAUCCUGUGUGUGUACAAUUUUCCCAACUGUUUGAGACAGCUCCUUAACCUUAAAGCAGUAAGACCACUUUAUUGCUUUGUUUAAAAUCUCGUAUCAAAGAAAAGGCCAAAACAGCCCCUGCUUUAAUGCUAUAAUUUUUGAUGGGCCGCAAAGUGAGAUUGAUGGAGCAGUGUUCAGGGAGCAAUGAGUAUGACUGCACUAUGCAUCACUGGGCCAUGCUGGUCCACAGAGGACUCUUGCUGCACCAUGUCUAGCUUAUACUUAUCUUCAAGAUGAGCAUGUUACCACUGGCACAUUGUUGCUUAAAUGGAAUGUGAAACACCACUAGGCUGUGCUGAAGAGCUUCUAGCUCAUCCUGCAAUCAGAAAGGGUACUGCUGUCUGUAACCAGGACUCAGUUGUUUAAUUACUUGGUACCACAUGUCCCAUUAAUGGUCAAAAAUCUUAGUUUUCUUUAAAAGCUACCUGGCAGCUCCAGUUUGUUGACACACAAUGUGGAUCUGCUAAGACUCACCUCAAAGGUGUCUAGAAGCCAAUACAGCAGCAUCUGCUAAGAGUGUGAGACUUCUAACCAUGAUCACUAACUAAAGUGUUUUGAAAUAGCCCAUAGACAUGCUACAUGGGAUUUUCUCCUGAUUUCCAUGGCAUGUGUUCAUAAUGACGGUCAAUUAUUUGGGCUGAAAGAGUGUUUCCCUGCUCAGCCAGUUGGUUUGUUACAUCUUUGAAAGUGCAAAAAUAGUGUAAGUGCAAAAGAGCAAAUUUAAUCCAGUUGUGGACGCAGGAUUCUUUAAUUCUGUUUCUAGAAUUCUGGCUUUAUGUGUGUGAUUACUACACCACAGAUUUACGUGAAUAAGCAAAAGAAUUGUCUCCCGAUCGAAAAAUGUACACAGCUCGAGUCAUUUUGUUUUAAGCUCAUUUGCCAUAAAGAGGCACUGCAGAACACUGCCAGAUUGCAAUUAAGAAAUAAAAACAAAAAAACUGCGGAUGCUGGAAAUCCAAAACAAAAACAGAAUUACCUGGAA